AUGGACGGGCUAAAACAAGCUACGGAAGCAUUUUCCCAACAUACUGAAGAGCAAAAGCAGCAGCAGUUCUACAACAGUCUUCCCGCCAAAGAGCAAUAUAAUAUGACAUACGCCGAGUGGGUGAAAGAAGCCUAUAAUGAGCAGUAUGAGAAGUGGAUGCCCUGGAUUGAGGACCAGUACUUGAAAUGGUUCGGAAAUGGCGACAACAAGGCAUCCUAUACCGUCAAAGAUACACUGAACAAGACAAAAGUAACCAGCGUGAGUCAGAUUGAUCAGCUCCAAGACGAUGUCCACAACCUGGUCGGAAACCAGGUUGGCGAAAACGGCAUUGCAGCACCACUCGGAGAUAUAGCAAGCAAAGAAGGCAUCAAUCGCAUGGAAAGGGGUGGCAGAGAUGACAAAGGGUCGUAUGGCGGCCCAGCAACCCAAUAUACAGACCCGAUGAUUCAGAACACAAAAGAUACGAUUUCUGGGGGUAUGAAAACGGUAGGCAACUCGAUUUUAGAAGGUGCAGAGAGCACGAAGAGCCAUAUUGGGUUGGGACGUGCAAGCGACAAGUAG